AAAAAAAAAAAAAUGUCAACAACUCACCAAGGCCCAAAAACACCCUGAGAGGGUUUAAACCAACAGGGUCCCGAAUGAACAUCAAAAAACAGUGUCCAAAAACACAAGUAGUUUAAUCUGAAACAGCAAUUUCACUGUUGUGACACAUGCAAAAUUCUUUGCAACACCACAAACUAUAUUACAAAGUGCAAUGGUAUCAAAGAAAUAGAACAGGAUUGUAAUAUAAUUUCUCUUACAGUCUCAAAUUCCAUCAUAUCAAGAUUCAUUACAAAAAACACACUGAACCUAUCCACCUCUGAUGAACAAGACAUUGAAGAGAUAUUUCUAAGUUCAGAAGCACCAAGAUUCACUUACAAUAAUGGUUUGGAAAUAACCAGUGUUGGGAGUAACACAUUACAAAAACACACCGGAAGCAGAUGUAAAAGCAGUAAAGAUGUUUAUUGACAGAUCAGCAGAGCAAUGGGUGAGUAAACAGGAGAUAAUGGAGAUCUUGGAGGUGAAUAGAAGUAAUACUGUCCUUUAUCCUUGUGAUGCAGAUGACGUUGGAGGGAGACGCUGGAGCUGGCAGACGAACACACUCACACACAGGCAGGUAAGCACACGAGGAGACGAGGGAGAUAAUGGAGACAGGUAAGUAUCACUUUGGAGUCCUUGAAGGUAAGCGUACAAUGCGUUGUAACACAAACGAGACCGGACGAUGAGUGUGUGUGAGUGUGUGGUAUUUAACUGAGUGCUGAUGACUGCGGUGAUGAUGUGCAGGUGGCGGUGAUUAGUAGACUGGUGAUUGAGUGCGUGGAUACGGAAGUGAGGUGGAACCUGACGUGUCUGUGACAGUAUGUCAUUGUAGUUGUCUUUACCUUCAUUACAAUUGUCAUCCAUCAAAACUUUAUUAGCGACACUGUUUUUGUUUAUCCAACUGAGAGAUGUAGUUUGCGUGUACUAUGUUACUGAUUGGGUGUUUUGAGCCGCCGUUCAGUCUGUAUUUCACACAGCGUGAUGAGAAAUGGCGAGGGCUGCUCCAAAACAAUUGCAGAAUAUGCAUAUUUAAUUUAACAUAUUAAUAAUACAAUGAAUGAAUUAUAUUUAUAUAUUUAAAUAAAUUUUAAGUUAUCUCCAAGCCCCCAUGGAGGAUCACUGGCCUACACAGUCAUUAUGCUAUACCACAUCACCCUCCACUGGAUGUAUAAUGAACAGCAAUAAACUACAUUUUAUGCCCUUAAACCUCUGUGGUUAUUUUGGUGAAAGUAACUCAGAAGUAAUGUAAAAUUAGUGUAACGCAUUACAAUUCAGAGACAGUAAUAUUGUAAUGUAACUAAUUACUUUCAAAUGACAGCAACUAGUAAUAUAUAAUGUAUUACAUUUUGGAAGUAACUUGCCCAACUCUGAAAAUAACCAAUUUGGGGAAACAAGUUCUUCAGCUCAUGCCAGUGAAGCUGAUUUAUUUAAAAUUAGUCUUUAUGAAACUGGGAACAUCAUAACUUAAAAAUAUUGAUGUAACCGCUUACCUCAGAUUUUUUUGAGUUAGUCUAACUUAUUUAGGUUUACAGUGUAACCCUGUCGUAAGAUGAAUUCUGAGCUCGUUUCUAAGUUAGUUUGAUAAAUGAGGCCCAAUAUGUGUGGGAACACACAUGAAAACUAAAAACUUAGCAGGAAUGAGGAUCUUCAGGACCAGGAAUGAGGAAGCUGUUUUACAGACACACCUGUUUUGCACACGUCACUCAAACACAGAACCAGGAAACAGGGAUCAUAUGAGUUCAGAGUUCAGAGUUCAGAGUUACCUAAGUGUAGUUGAGCUGUUGUGUGUUUGUGUCUCUGUAUUCUUGCUGUAAAAUGGCAGAAGCCAGAUUUUCUCAGGAGGAGUUCAUGUGUCCAGUGUGUCUGGAUCUCCUGAAGGAUCCAGUGGCCAUUCCCUGUGGACACAGUUACUGUAAGAUCUGCAUUACAGGCUGCUGGGAUCAGGAGGAUCAGAUGAGAGUCUACAGCUGUCCUCAGUGCAGACAGACCUUCAGUCCAAGACCUGCUUUAGGUAAAAACACCAUUCUGGCUGAAAUGGUGGAGAAACUGAAGAAGAUUAAACUUCCUGCUGACUGUUACGCUGGAGCUGGAGAUGUGCAGUGUGACGUCUGUACUGGAAGAAAACACAAAGCCGUCAAGUCCUGUCUGGUGUGUGUGAACUCUUACUGUCAGAAUCACCUUGAACAACAUGAGACCUUCUUUAAAGGAAAGAGACACAAUCUGACUGAAGCCACUGGACGACUGCAGGAGAUGAUCUGCCCGAAACACGACAAGAUCCUUGAGGUUUUCUGCCGCACUGAUCAGAAGUGUAUAUGUGUGCUGUGUACGAUGGAUGAACAUAAAAACCACGACAUUGUAUCAACUGCAGCACAGAGGACAGAGAAACAGAAGGAGCUGAAGGAGACGCAGAGGUCGUUCCAGCAGAGGAUCCAGCAGAGAGAGAAAGAUCUUCAGCAGCUGAGAGAGGCUGUGGAGUCUCAUAAGCGCUCUGCACAGACAGCAGUGGAGGACAGUGAGAGGAUCUUCACUGAGCUCAUCCGCUCCAUUGAGAGAAGCCGCUCUGAGGCCACACAGCGGAUCAGAGAUCAGGAAAAGACUGCAGUGAGUCGAGCUGAAGGACGACUGGAGCGACUGGAGCAGGAGAUCAAUGAUCUGAGGAGGAGAGACGCUGAGCUGGAGCAGCUUUCACACACACAGGAUCACAUCCAUUUCCUGCAGAGUUUCCAGUCUCUCUCAGCUCCUCCUGAAUCUACAGACGUAAAUGACGAUCCCUUCAGUUCUCUCUUCUCUUUUGCUGUUGUGAGAGAAUCUGUCCAUCAGCUGAGAGACAAACUGGAGGAUUUCUGCAAAGAGGAGCUGAAGAAGAUCUCUGACAGAGUCACUUUCACCAACAUUGUUCCCAGAACCAGGAACGACUUCCUACAAUAUUCCCAUCAGCUCAAUCUGGAUCUGAACACAGUGAAUAAACACCUCCAUCUGUCUGAGAGGAACAGAGUGAUUACAUUCACUGAUAUUUUCAAAGCCCAGCCGUAUCCUGAUCAUCCAGACAGAUUUGAUGUGUAUCAGGUGUUGUGUAGAGAGAGUGUGUGUGGACGCUGUUACUGGGAGACUGAGUGGAGUGGAGAUUAUGGUGUGCGUAUAUCAGUGUCAUAUAAGAGCAUCAGCAGGAAGGGAUCGUGGGCUAAUGAGUGUUGGUUUGGAUAUAAUGAUCAGUCCUGGAGUUUGAUCUGCUCUUCCUCCAGUUACUCAUUCUGGCACAAUAACAUACAGACUGAACUCCCAGUAAAGUCCAUCAGCAGUAGAAUAGGAGUGUAUGUGGAUCACAGUGCAGGAACUCUGUCCUUCUACAGCGUCUCUGGAGACACAAUGAGCCUCAUCCACACAGUCCAGACCACAUUCACUCAACCGCUCUAUCCUGGAUUUACUGUUUGUUCUGGAUCAGUGAAACUGUGUUGAUGAAUCAGAAUAGACUGUAGAGAGAUUCUACCCAUAAUGCUUUGAGCUCAUGAUGAAUUAGUAACAGUGAGAUGUUAUAGAGUCUCUUAUUUUCUCUUCAUUACAUUAACCUUCCUAUUAACCUCAAAAUCCAGCAACAUUUUUUCAACACUGGGGUCAAUUUGACCCCAGCAAUUAAAAUCCUCCAGAAUAUGAUUUUAUUUUCAAAGGUUUAUGUAAUCAGGUACUUUAUGUUUCUUCAUUGACUACUCAAAUAGCUCUUUAAGCCCCCCACAGGACGCAUCAUGGUAGCAUUCACCUUUUAUUUGAAGGUGAACCUUUUAUUUGUUUUGGGAAUCUUUCCUGUUUAUGGUUAAAGACUGGGCCAACUUUAGCAUUGAAGAAGCUGUGAAUCAUGUGUAUCUGUGAAUGUGUUCAGUACAGGUCCUGAUGACCAUGUGUGGAAGAUUACUAAUUUUGUCUUUUUUUCUUAACCAAUCAGAACCGUUUAAUGCAGUUAGUGGACUCUGUUAGAGUAUAAUUGCUGCUGUAUUGAAGGUGUACGCAGAGCGGCUGAAGAACUCCUUGUGAUGUUUGAAGUUGGCUUCUGCUGAUGAAACUGCAAACUAUUCUUCAGUAAAAUUUUCUUCAAUUUAUUUUUUCAAACUCUGACUCCGGGUCUUCAUUCAUCAUAUCUGGUCUUUGGGUCUUUAACUGUAAAAUUCCCUACUC